AUGUUCUGGCGUUUUGGGGGAUAUGCAAGUAUCUCCACCAUCGAUACCCUACUCGACAAGCCCGAGGUCACCCUUGAAGACCUGCUGGAUGAGCCGGAGAUAAUCCAGGAGCUGAAACAGCAUAAUACGAAACUCAUAGAAUUUCUACGCGAGGAUCAUGUCUUGAAACGGCUUAUGGACUAUGUCACUGCACCAAGCUUGGUGAACGACGAUGAAGAAAAUGACGACGAAGCCCACGAAUCGGGCGCUACGAAGGGAAAAGGCGCCGAGAAGAGAGAAGGAACGGACCCAUUGAAGAGUGUGCUGGACCCCGAGGACCUCGAGAGAGUUGAAAAGAGUCGCUUGAAGCAUGCGUAUGUUGCGUGCGAGGUUCUUUCUUCGGAGACUUGGUCCAUCUUGGAGUCUAUUAUGGCAAACCCCGCUUACCUACGCGACUUCUGGGGCUUUCUGCGACGAUCCCCGCCGCUCGACUCCAUACAGGCCUCCUAUUUUACUAAAGUGAACGAGACCCUGCUCGAUAAAAAGACUGAAGAGAUGUUGGAAUUCCUGAGGUCGUUGGAUGGAAUUGUUCCUGCACUGCUGCAGCACGUUGAUAAUCCUAUGGUCAUGGAUUUGCUCCUGAAGAUCAUCAGCCUGGAAAAAGCUGAGGGCGGACAAGGCACCGUGGAUUGGCUGCAGUCUCAGGACCUGAUACCGACUCUGCUGUCAUUCCUUGCGCCCGACUACCCAGGCUCCGUGCAGACCUCUGCAGGCGAUUUCCUCAAAGCUAUCAUCACUAUCUCCGCAAACGCGACUCCCAACGACCAGUCAUGCAUCGGACCUAACAGCCUGACGCGCCAAUUAGUCUCUCCUGAGUGUAUCCAGCUGCUGGUCAAUGCGAUGUUGAAGGGCGGUAACCCGCUAACUGUGGGUGUUGGGAUCGUGAUUGAGGUCAUUCGGAAGAAUAACUCGGAUUAUGAUCCGGAGAGUAUGGGCGGCCCCGAGUCUAUGCCUACGCCUUACGAUCCAAUCUACCUUGGCCACUUACUUCGAACAUUCGCCAAGCACAUUCCCGACUUCAUGACACUGAUCCGGAGCUCAAAGCACACAAUUCACGAUGGUACCCAGCUGAAGACUGUCGACCGAGGGCGUCUCAGCUCCGCAUGGGGCGCAACUAUCGAGCCCCUUGGCUUUGAUCGUUUCAAGACUUGCGAGUUGAUGGCGGAGUUGCUGCACUGUAGUAACAUGGGCCUUCUCAAUGAGCCAGGCAGUGACGAAUAUGUCCGGCACCGCAAUGAGGAGCGUGAGAGACUGAUUCGCAAUGGAUUCUUCAACCCCAACCGUGAGGAGCAUGAGGGUCUGGAAUACAACGACACUGCAGACUUCACAAAUGGCUCGAUCAUGGACAGCGGAUCGCCUGAGGCUCGCAAGGCUGAAUUGCAACAUGCUGGCGACGAAGAGGGCUUUGAGGAUGUUGGUGCCUCUGGCGAUCUGGCUAAUGAGAAAGAAGAAGGCAAAGCAGAAGCUUCAUCGGAAACUGCUGCUGAGUCUCUCCCCACGGAAAAGACCGAGACCGAGACCGGUGCUCCGGCUCCACCUACUGGUCUCGCAGACCAGGUCGGCGAAAUUAAGCUUGAAAAUGAAACCCCAGAGAAAGAAGCAAUUGUAUCAGACCAAAAAGAUCAGAACACAGCCUCUGCCCAGCCAGAGGAUGAAACCGGAACAGCCAACGAUGGGGGCGCCGAAGAUGCCGCGGAUCAGUAUAUCCAAUACGACACGGAUGGACAUCCCGUGGUCGGAGAUUAUUUAAAGAUCCAGUUCGUCGAGAACAAGGUCGUGCCCACAAUACUGGGCUUUUUCUUCCGAUUCCCGUGGAACAACUUCCUUCAUAAUGUUGUGUACGACGUGGUCCAGCAGGUUUUCAACGGUCCCAUGGAACGCGGGUACAACCGCGCCCUCGCCAUCAACGUAUUCGAACAUGGCCAGAUUACGAAUGCCAUUGUCGAAGGCCAGAAGCGCAGCGACGAGGCCCAAAAGACUAAGCAGAUUCGCCUUGGCUACAUGGGCCAUCUUACCCUGGUUGCAGAGGAAGUCGUUAAAUUUAGCGAACGCCACCCGCCUGAGCUGCUUUCACGUUCCGUUAUGGAAUCAGUACUGAACCCGGACUGGAUUGACUACGUCGAGCAGACCCUCUCCGAAACUAGGGAACGGGAUAACGCCAUUCUAGGCGGCGUGCGUCCAGACAUGGCUGUUGGGCCUCGACAGACGGUCAUCAGCUCUGGUCAAGGCUUCAACAGCAAUUCUUCCAACGCGCUAGCUGAAGCCGGACUCAAUGGUGGGAUCGGGUCCUCUUCCUUCCAAGGCUUUGAUCUUAACCAGGGCAGUGUCUCCGGAGGAGCAUUCGGCGGUGCGGGUUCCUCACUAUUGAGCGGCUUUGCUAGCUCGAGUGAUGAUGACGAGGAUGAAGAAAUGGAGGACCAGGAUGAACGAGAUGCCGGCAUUGUUGAAAGCGAGAAUGAGAAUGUGACCUCGAACACUGCGAGCCAGCCCAUUCCCAUUUUACCACCGCCUCCGGCUCCUUUGAGCCUUGGUCCCUCUCGAGCUCGACGCCAGCUGGCAGCACGCCUUGCCGCCCAGAAGCAGCAAACAAGUGAGAACGCAGACGACGAAGAGGACGAUCAAAGAAUUGAACAGGACGACCGUCAUGAAUCCGAUUGGCCUAGUAAUCCAUUCGUCAUUGCAGGAGUUGAUGAUGAUGGCGAAGGAGGCUCGGCGUUCCCCAACUCCGACUUUCCGGCCAGCGCAGAUAUGGCCUCUCCCACGUUUCCCGAGUCGGGUUUCAGCCCACCUGACUCACUGUCCAAUUCAUCCGAUGAGGAUGGGGACGGUCGUUCAGAAGCUGUGCGAAGGAACGUCCGCAUGCCCCUGGAAGUCGAAGAUGAAGACGAUGAGAUGGGCGAGAUGGUCGGACCCAGUGCUACUGGAAUGAUCGAUUCAGAUGACGAAGAUGAAGCCAUCAUCAAUGAGUCAUUGGGCUAUUCUAACCUCCCUGGCCAGUCACGCUACAGCGGCUUCCGCCGACAGCGCGCCGUGAGCUCCCAUUUCGAUGACGACCAAAAUGACAGCAGUGACGGCGAGGAUGACGGGCUAGUGGAGAUCUUAGUCCCAGGCCGCAAAUCCUCAACCUCCAACUAG